CCUCCUCUUACGACAAUUCCACUUGUUUAUACACAUCCCUCUACACGCUGCACAUUUACUUUGACUCUGUCGCAGACCACCUCGACAUUUCCUCUGGUACUAUCUCCGUCAGAAUCAUGGCUACAACACUUCAUCUACGCUCAGAGUCUAAGCCUCUUGAGCAUCGAUCAGCACUCACUCCUUCCACAACCAAAGCCCUCCUCGAGGCCGGCUACAAGAUCAAUGUCGAACGCUCUCCAGAGCGCAUCUUCGACGACUCAGAGUUCUCCGACGUUGGCGCAACAUUAGUUCCCGAAGGCAGCUGGGUCGAUGCACCUUCAGAUCACAUCAUUGUUGGCCUCAAAGAACUCCCUGAAGAAUCCUUUCCCCUCAAGCAUACCCACGUCCAAUUCGCCCACUGCUAUAAAAACCAAGGUGGCUGGCAAGAAGUCCUCUCUCGUUUCCCCCGCGGUGGUGGCACCCUUCUCGACCUCGAAUUUCUGCAAGACGAAACCGGUCGCCGUGUCGCCGCCUUUGGAUACCAUGCAGGGUAUGCUGGCGCUGCUCUCGCAGUCGAAGCCUGGGCAUACCAGCUGCAAAACCCCGAUAAACCAACUCCCUUCCCCUCGGUCUCAAGCUAUGCCAAUCAAGACCUCCUCCUCGCCGACGUUCGCAAGGCCGUGGAAACUGGCCGAUCUCUGUCUGGCCGCCUCCCCCGCGUUCUGGUGAUUGGAGCCCUUGGUCGUUGCGGUCGUGGCGCCGUUGAUCUCUGCACCCAGGCUGGAAUCCCCGACUCCAACAUCCUGAAGUGGGAUAUGGCCGAGACAGCCAAAGGUGGGCCAUUCACUGAGAUCGUCGAGUCCGACAUCUUUGUCAACUGCAUUUACCUCUCCGACCCGAUCCCUCCAUUUCUCAACGCCGAGUCACUCUCCUCUCCCUCCCGCAACCUCAGCGUGGUCUGCGAUGUCUCCUGCGACACUACCAACCCUCACAACCCUGUCCCCAUCUACUCGGAGAACAGCACCUUCUCUAACCCUACACUCGAGGUUCCUGGCUACAAGAACCCUCCUCUGUCAGUCAUCUCCAUCGACCAUUUACCCAGUUUGCUGCCGCGAGAGGCCAGUGAGGCUUUCAGCACGGCUCUGCUGCCGAGUCUAGUUACCUUGAAGGAUAGAAAGACCACCAGAGUUUGGAAGCAGGCAGAGGAGCUGUUUGAUAGCAAGGUGGCGCUUCUCCCUGCGGAGUUGACCAAGAGAGAGGCAUAGGGUUGCGAUUGACUGUUUCGAUAAAUGUAUGGGCCAGCCCGCCCAUCGGUCUCUGUUAAAAGCUAUGAAGCUGGCGGAAAGAAAAUAGAUAAACAUUGAAAAGUACUUCGCUUCGAUUAGCGCGUGUUGUACAACUCUAGUGGUGGGUAACAAGCCCAGAGAGGAGGCGGUAAUCGACAGUGAUUCAUGGGCUACGCAGCCAGGAUCUUUUCACUCGAAUUUCCAAGUCUGAGGUAAUUGUACUUUUUCUUUGGAUUAGUUCUAUUUAGUUAAUCCAAAUCUGGUUUGCCAAAAGGUGAACCUUUGUCACCUCA